AGGCUUUUCAGUUCCUGUGGUGGAGUUUGUAGUCCAAGGUAAGCAUGGCGGCUGCAACAACACCAGCGGACCCUGAGCGGAGACCCCAAACAUCCGCAACAGGACCUGUGCCGUUUGACUUCUCUCAGCCUCCAAUCAUCGAAGGCUUCAGCCCUCUGCCGAAAAUCAAGGAUGAGACAUUUAAGGAGAAAUUCAUGAGAAAAACCAAGGAGAAUCCGUUCGUCCCUAUAGGUGAGUUACACAAGCAUCAACCUCUGCAUUAACAAAGUGAAAGAUCCCAGCACCCGGAACAGCACUGCAUGUUCUGACUCUAUUUAGGUGGAAAACUAGUGAUAUUUUAUCUAUAUGAAGAACUUUACCAGUUGUUCACACUACUUACUUUUUCUAAAGUGAAAAGAGUAGUCGAGGAUAUUGAUUACGAAAGCAUACAGCCUACAAGUUAAAGUUCUCAUACACAAGCUUGCGGUUGUUAUUCCCUGAUCAAGAGUAAACUCAUGAUUGAAACUCGUAAAUGGAUCACUUUAUUGUAUUUCUAGUCUUGUGUUUUUGUUUUGUUCUCAUCAGAAGUGUCCUUAUUCGUUUGCACGGUUUCAGUCUUUCUUUUCCCCACUGUUUGACAAUGCUCACUGGGUUUUGAAAAACACUUGUACCUGAAAUUUCAACUGAAACGCAUUAUAAAACAUGGAGGAAAAUGGGGAUAGAAAAGGCUCCACCUUCACACGUACCUGUUUUUUUUUCUGCCUUUCAAAAAUGCUGACAGGCAAAUUUGUAAAAAGACACAUUGUGUUGUCUAUAGGCCUGUAUUAAUGGAAAUAGCAUGUGAUGAUCUGUAAAGUGUGAUAAUAAAAGUGAAGAGUGUAUUCUAGCUUUAAUUCAGGUUUACUUCCAUAAAUUUGACCAAGUGCCAAAAACCUGUAGCCUACAUAUAUCUAUCUUACAGAGAACUUCCAGUUUCAGAGAUAAGCCUGUAAGGCAGCAAAGCCAGCUUGUUUGUGAAUCCUGUACUUCUUUUCUGGCAAAAAUCAGUGUUCUGUUAUGCUACAUCAAGUGAUUUCAGUUCCUAAGAGGAUCUUUUCCGUAGUAGCAUUGUUCUCUACAUGCAAAAGUAGUGACAUAAGAAAAAAGUCUUGUCCUGCUUCGUUGUAUCAAAGGUAUCACUGAAAUAAUUUUGCCUCUGAAAAUGUAUCAAAGUUCUUUUGGCAUCGUUUUCUAAAUCACAAAAACUUGAGUGUUGAUCUCCACACAGGAGCUUUAACCUGUUACCUGCUUUGUGCCAUUCAGGUUGUUUAGGAACAGCAGGAGCGUUGAUGUAUGGUCUCCGUGCCUUCCAUCAAGGGAAAACCAGACAGUCCCAGCUGCUGAUGAGGGGGCGUAUCUUUGCACAAGGCUUCACGGUAGUUGCUAUCAUUGUUGGAGUCUUUACCACAGCUGUGAAACCGAGGCAGUGAAGACUGACAGACCCCACACCUCUGCUGUUGCCUGAUAUGAGGAGGAAUCAGAGCAGAUCUGACCUGCACCAGGAUGGGUCUCUCUUAAUAUAUGAACUCUGACAUUUUUUUUUUGUUCAGAUACUUUGUUGAGGCCAACACUAUUUAUUGUUUUCAAAAGCUGUUUAUAGCAUAUGGAGGAUGAAUAAUUUGCUACAUCAAAGUAUAAAUUGCUUAUUACCUAAAUAAGCAAGCUUGACUUUACCUCUAUUAUACUAAAAUAGUUUUGAGGCAAAAUGCUGAGGAAAAUAUUUAAUAUGUAGCUUGCUCCAUGAUCUUCUGGAUGGUUUAAUUUCAAGUACCCCCACAUGUUUUCACUGAAAUUCAUGCAGCCACUGAAUGUGUUCUCUGGUUGAGGAACCAUAUUAAACUUACACUUUAAGUUCAACCUGGUCUACUGUGUGUAUUUGAGAAUAAUGAUAAUAAAAAAAACAACACUCACAA